AUGGAAUUAGAUAAAUUUAGAGUAGAAUCAAUGCCACCUUCUUGUUAUUAUAUACCUGAAUUCAUCACAGAAUCAGAAGAGAAAUUACUUCUACAUAAUAUUGAGAGAACAUCAGUAGUUCGAUGGACAAAGCUAAAAAAUCGGCGAUUAAUUAAUUAUGGUGGAAUUCCAACUCAAAAAGGAAUGAUUGCUGAAGAUAUUCCAUCGUAUUUACAAUCAUAUCUCGAUAAAGUGAAUAGUUUGAAGAUAUUUGGUGAUGUUGAAGCAAAUCAUAUAUUGUUAAAUGAAUACACUGCUGGUCAAGGAAUCAUGCCGCAUUUUGAUGGACCGCUUUUCUAUCCAACAAUUACAACAGUUUCCAUUGGAUCCCAUACAAUUCUAGAGUUCUAUCAAUCUCAAGAUAUGACUCGUGAUGUUUGCUUUAAAGUUCUUGUCGAACCUCGCAGUUUAUUAAUUCUUAAAGAUGAACUUUACAGUUGUUACAUGCAUGCAAUAUCUGAAGUUGAUGAAGACGACAUUUCAGAUGUUCUAAUCAAAAACAAGCGAUCAUCGGAGCAAGAAAUCUGUAAACGCGGAACUCGUUAUUCCUUGACAAUCAGAAAUGUCCCGAAAACUACAAAAUUUAAAUUAAAAUUAGGCAAAUAA